AUGGAGUUCGUGUCGCCGGAGCAGCUGCGGCUCGACGGCCGACGACCCAAAGAGCUACGGCAGCUCAAGUGCGAGCUGGGCGUGCUGCGCUCUGCUGAUGGCUCAGCGUCAUUCGAGAUGGGCAACACCAAGGUGCUCGCGGUCGUGUAUGGCCCCCGCGAGACUCCUUCCAGACAGGGUGGUGGUGCAGCGUGUGUGAGUAUGGCUGCUGCUGCCCUCACCUUGUACCACCUUCAUUUCGCUCCGCCCCCCAUCCCAUGUCUCCAACAGGUGACCAACCGAACCAAGCAGACGCCCUGCGAGACAGGGCAGUGGUGCGCUGUGAGUAUGGCAUGGCUGAUGCUGCCCCCCGUUCUUUUUCGGCCUCCUCGUUACCGCUUCCCCCUUACGUCCCAUACCUACUCCCACUCCCAGGUGGCCAAUCAAGCGGACGCCCUGUCAGACAGGGCGGUGGUGGCCAACCGCGCAGACGCCCUUCCAGACAAAGUGACCAACCGGGCAGACGCCCUGCCAGACAGAGCAGUGGUGCGGUGUGAGUACGGCAUGGCUUCAUUCAGCACAGGGGAGCGACGGCGACGAGGAAAGAUGGACCGGCAACCACCCCCUCCCUCCCCUCCGCACCACAUACUCUCUCUCACGCACUCGUCUCUCCCCUUCCACUCCCUCCCAGGCACUCGCUCCGCGUGCAUCAAUGCGGCGACACUCGCCCUCUGCCAUGCAGGCAUCCCCAUGCGAGACCUGGUUACCAGCUGCGCCUCUGGUUACCUCAACGCCACUCCAUUACUAGACCUAAACUACGUGGAGGAUAGCGGGGGUGGCCCGGACGUCACAGUGGGCUACUUGCCAUCGUCUGAUAAGAUCUCCCUGCUGCAGAUGGACGCCAAGCUGCCCAUGGACACGUUUGAGGAGGUGGUGAAGCUUGCAGUCACGGGGUGCAAGGCCAUCGCACACCGCAUGAGACAAGUGCUGUUGGAGCAUACAGAGCGGUUGGCACUUGCACGUGGAGCAAUGCAGCUGUAG